AUGUCCACUCAAGACACGAGACAGAUCAAUACUGAAUAUUCUGUGUCCUUGUUGGAACAGUUCAAACUGUUUUAUGAACAGCAACUGUUUGCUGACAUAGUGUUAAUUGUUGAGGGCACUGAAUUCCCUUGUCAUAAGAUGGUUCUUGUAACAUGUAGCUCUUAUUUCAGGGCCAUGUUCAUGAGUGGACUGAGUGAAAGCAAACAGACACACGUACACCUGAGGAAUGUGGAUGUCGCCACCCUACAGAUAAUAAUAACUUAUGCAUACACGGGUAACUUGGUAAUAAAUGACAGCACUGUAGAACAGCUUUAUGAAACAGCUUGCUUCCUACAGGUAGAAGAUGUGUUGCAACAUUGUCGAGAAUAUUUAAUUAAAAAAAUAAAUGCAGAGGAUUGUGUGCGAUUGUUAAGUUUUGCGGAUCUCUUCAGUUGUGAGGAAUUAAAACAAAGUGCGAAAAGAAUGGUGGAACACAAGUUCACUGCUGUGUAUCACCAGGAAGCUUUCAUGCAGCUAUCACAUGACCUACUGAUAGACAUUCUCAGUAGUGACAAUUUAAAUGUAGAAAAGGAAGAAACUGUUCGAGAAGCUGGAAGGCUGUGGCUGGAGUACAACACAGAAUCACGAUCCCAGUAUUUGUCUUCAUUUCUUAGCCAAAUCAGAAUUGAUGCACUUUCAGAAGUAACACAGAGAGCUUGGUUUCAAGGUCUGCCACCCAAUGAUAAGUCUUUAGUGGUUCAAGGUCUAUAUAAGUCCAUGCCCAAGUUUUUCAAACCAAGACUUGGGAUGACUAAAGAGGAGAUGAUGAUUUUUACUGAAGCAUCUUUAGAAAAUCCUUGUCGUCUUUACUCUUCUGUCUGUUACAGUCCCCAGGCAGAAAAAGUUUACAAGCUUUGCAGCCCACCAGCUGACUUGCAUAAGGUUAGGACUGUUGUAACUCCUGAUAAUGACAUCUACAUAGCAGGGGGUCAGGUUCCUCUGAAAAACACAAAAACAAAUCACAGUAAAACAAGCAAACUUCGGACUGCCUUCAGAACUGUGAAUUGCUUUUAUUGGUUUGAUGCACAGCAAAAUACCUGGUUUCCAAAGACCCCAGUGCUUUUUGUACGUAUAAAGCCAUCUUUGGUUUGCUGUGAAGGCUAUAUCUAUGCAAUUGGAGGAGAUAAUGUAAGUGGGGAACUUAAUCGAAGGACCGUAGAAAGAUAUGACACUGAGAAGGAUGAGUGGACAAUGGUAAGCCCUUUGCCUUGUGCUUGGCAGUGGAGUGCAGCAGUUGUGGUUCAUGACUGCAUUUAUGUGAUGACACUGAACCUCAUGUGCUGUUACUUUCCAAGGUCUGAUUCAUGGGUAGAAAUGGCCAUGAGACAGACUAGCAGGUCCUUUGCUUCAGCUGCAGCUUUUGGUGAUAAAAUUUUCUAUAUUGGAGGGUUGCAUAUUGCUAUCAAUUCUGGCAUAAGACUCCCCUCUGGCACUCUAGAUGGGUUUUCAGUAACUGUGGAAAUUUAUGAUGUGAAUAAAAAUGAGUGGAAAAUGGCAGCCAGCAUCCCUGCCAAAAGGUACUCUGACCCCUGUGUUAGAGCUGUUGUGAUCUCAAAUUCCGUGUGUGUGUUUAUGCGAGAAACCCACUUAAAUGAGCGAGCUAAAUACGUCACCUACCAGUAUGAUCUGGAACUUGACAGGUAGUCUCUGCGGCAACAUAUAUCUGAACGUGAACUGUGGGACUUAGGGAGAGAUUUUCGAUGCAUUGUGGGGAAACUUUAUCCAUCUUGCCUUGAAGAAGCUCCAUGGAAACCACCAACUUAUCUUUUUUCACUGGAUGGGACAGAGGAGUUCGAACUGGAUGGAGAAAUGGUUGCACUACCACCUGCAUAG